AUGACCAACAUGAACAGCUUCGAUUUGGAAUAUGACGAUGAACAGGGCUCAAACCCUCAAAACCCUCUAUAUACAAGCUUUCCCAGCCAGGGUAAUUAUGCCUUCAGUGCUAUGCUACCCCAGAAUGCGGAUCUGCCUCUGCAGAACUUCGCGCGAUCACAGCCUUCGGAUCUGGAAGAACCCAGGUCUAAUGUGAUGCCCACAUACGACGGGCUUUCCACCUCUGGUAUCUCAAUGCCGAUGAAUAUGAACGCCACAAAUGCCUAUACCUACAAUAUCCCCAACACCUACUCAGCCACCACCAUGGGAAUGCCUCCGCAGGUAGAUCAUUCACAGUUUCAAUCUACAUAUCCACUCUUCCCACCCUCCAUGAUGACACCCCAUUAUCCCCAGCUCGCUCCUCCAAUCUGCAAUGAAAUAUACGAUACAACCACCGACUCGACGGCCAAUUUCGAGAAUUCCGACUUUUCAGGUCGCACGAGCGACUGGUCACAUGCGCAGGCGCAGGUGCAGGUGCAGCGGGCUCAGCGACAACCUCUGGAGCGCCGUCUGCCUGCUGGCCAGCCGUACCGUGCAUCGCAACCGGUGGCUAUCCAGCCAAAGAAACCCGUCGCUACCAAAGAUUUCUCACCGGGAUUGGAAAAACCCGAGAUCGGCAAGACUGAACAUACCGGCAUCUAUUCGACAACUGGCUUUGACGUGCUGGGCGCGUUGGGUCGUGUGGCUAUGCGACCCAACCCUAAAAUUAACAUUGGCGCAGUCGAUCUCUCAUGUGCCUUUGUAAUGUGUGAUAUUUUGAUCGAGGAUCAUCCAAUCGUUUAUGUGUCGGAGGCCUUUGAACGAUUGACCGGCUAUACUAAAGAUGAAAUUGUUGGCCGGAAUUGUCGAUUCCUUCAAGCUCCCGACGGUAAAAUCCAGGCUGGCUCUAAGAGGACCUUUGUCGAUGGACAAACUGUCCAUCGGCUGCGAUCAACUAUCGAUGAUCGCAGUGAGAUCCAGGCUAGUAUAAUUAACUACCGCAAGGGUGGACAACCCUUCAUGAAUCUCAUCACGAUGAUUCCCAUCCAGUGGGACUCCGGUGUUUAUCGGUACUACGUCGGCUUCCAGGUCGAUCUGGUUGAAAAACCCGAGGCCGUGAGGGGAAGAAAUCCUGAUGGUAAUUACAGCAUUAACUAUCGGCGCGAUCAGCUGCCACAGUAUAUAGUCCCUCCACCAGAUAUCUACUCCUCACGACCAGACCUCGGAUUGCGAUAUGGCCAUGACGAAGUGACUACCAUUCUCAACGCCAUGAGUUCAGCCGGCAAUGAUGUCAACCGGCACUACCUGGAUCGUAUUCUGGUUGAGAAUACCGAUGAUGUGAUCCAUGUGCUAUCAUUCAACGGUGAAUUCUUGUAUCUCUCGCCUUCUUGCCACAAGGUUCUAGAGUACAAUCCGGUCGAGCUGAUCGGCAAGACCCUAUCCACCAUCUGUCAUCCCAGUGAUAUUGGCCCUGUAAUCCGUGACUUGCGGGCGAGCACGACAACCGCCCCAGUGAGUGUUGUGUAUCGUAUCCGGCAAAAGCACAGAGGAUAUAUGUGGUUUGAGAGUCACGGCGCAUGGCACAUCGACCCGAACCAAGGCCGGAGACAUCUGGUCAUGACUGGCCGCCCACGACCCGUCUACACCUUGGAUCAGAUUGCUCGUUUGGGCUCAUCCGCCGCGCUGGCUGAGAAUGACGUCUGGGCCAAGAUUUCUUUGUCUGGUGUCAUUCUAUUUGUUACGACCAAGGUGAAGCCGGUGCUCGGCUGCUCGCCUGACGAACUAAUUGGUAAAGGCCUACAAGAGAUCAUGAAGCCCGAGACUGGCGGCACCGCCACAAUCACACAAGCCCUGGAGGCAGCCUGUGGUGGACAAGGAGCAGGCAUGGCCACCGUUACAGGCAGCGGCAAAGAAACAGAUGAACCACCCUCAUUUAAACACCAAAUGCGGCAUAAGAAAGGCCAUGCCAUUUCAGGGCAUACUACAUUAUACACCGGCGACGCACGGGAGGGAAUCAAACCCACCUUCCUCGUCGCCCAGAUACGAUUUGUUCGAUCCUUCCCUCCAUCCGCCACCGCUGUCUCAGCCGCCGAAGACAGUAGUCUCGCUACCCUUACCGGCACUGCACGCAACGCGACGGUUACCAUCAAUGAUCCCGUUCCGCCCCAACAGUACGGUGCCCUGGGUCAACGCGUGCCCGAUAUAUCAAACCUCAUCGGCCUCAACGGUCUGCCCACCGGCAACCGCAGGGUUUCACCCUCUACCGAUCCGGCAACCUUCUUUACAGAGCUCAACCCCACCCGCGGAUCAAGCUGGCAGAUUGAGCUGCGUGAGCUGGAGAAACAGAACCGCACUCUGGCCGAUGAAUUGCAACGCCUGUUGGCUCGCCGCAGGAAGCGCAAGCGCAAGCAGAGUGCUAUGGCGGUCGAGAAAUUUUGUGCCAUGUGCAACACAAAGAACACCCCCGAGUGGCGACGUGGCCCGAGUGGAAACCGGGACCUUUGCAAUAGCUGUGGUCUGCGGUGGGCGAAGCAAAUCCGUGGCCAGGCGCAGGCGCAGGCCGCGGCUUCUCUGUCUAUUACAGUGGACUGA